GCUCACAACUACCAGAUAAGAAUAUACAGAGGUGGCGAAUUAGAACAUCAAGACCAGUUCCCUAGAGUCGGUGUAAGACAAAGAGUGCCACCAUGAGCACGGACCCAGCGAUGGAGUGUUUUGGCCCAGCUGCCAUUUACCUUCGCAAGCCAGAGAAGGAGAGGCUGGAGGCACAAAAUAUGCCUUUUGAUGCUAAAACUGCAUACUUUGUUACCGAACCCAAGGAAAUGUACCUCAAAAGCGUUCUCAAGAGUCGGGAAGGUGGCAAAGCCACCGUGCAAACUCUGUGUGGCAAAACCAUCACAGUGAAUGAAGAUGAUAUUCACCCAAUGAACCCCCCUAAGUUUGAUAAGAUUGAGGACAUGGCCAUGAUGACCCACCUCAAUGAACCUGCUGUGCUGUACAACCUCAAAGAGCGUUAUGCAGCAUGGAUGAUAUACACCUACUCUGGGCUCUUCUGUGUCACUGUGAAUCCAUAUAAGUGGCUCCCGGUGUACGAUGCUGCAGUUGUGUCAGCCUACAGGGGCAAAAAAAGGAUUGAAGCCCCACCUCACAUCUUCUCCAUCUCUGACAACGCCUAUCAGUUCAUGCUCACUGAUCGUGAGAAUCAGUCUAUCCUGAUUACUGGAGAAUCUGGUGCAGGAAAGACUGUAAACACCAAACGUGUCAUCCAGUACUUUGCGACAAUCGCUGUAUCUGGACAGAAGAAGCCAGAGCAUGUUCCUGGAAAAAUGAAGGGUUCGCUGGAGGAUCAAAUCAUUGCAGCCAACCCCUUGCUGGAAGCCUAUGGAAAUGCCAAGACUGUGAGGAAUGAUAACUCCUCUCGUUUUGGUAAAUUCAUCCGAAUCCAUUUUGCAUCCACUGGAAAGUUGGCCUCAGCUGAUAUUGAAACUUAUCUCCUGGAAAAAUCCAGGGUAACUUACCAGCUGUCUGCUGAGAGGAGCUACCACAUCUUCUACCAGCUCUGCACUGGCCAUAAGCCAGAACUGCUGGAGGCUCUUUUGAUCACCACCAACCCAUACGAUUAUCCCAUGAUCAGUCAUGGUGAGAUUACAGUCAAGAGCAUCAAUGAUGUGGAAGAGUUCAUUGCAACUGAUACAGCCAUUGACAUCUUGGGCUUCAGUGCUGAGGAAAAAAUAGGCAUCUACAAGCUGACAGGAGCUGUGAUGCAUCAUGGAAAUAUGAAGUUUAAACAGAAGCAGAGGGAGGAGCAGGCUGAGCCUGAUGGCAAUGAGGUGGCUGAUAAAAUUGCAUACCUCAUCGGAAUAAACUCUGCUGACAUGCUGAAAGCUUUGUGUUUCCCAAGAGUGAAGGUCGGGAAUGAAUAUGUGACCAAGGGACAAACUGUUCCUCAGGUGUAUAAUUCAGCCAUGGCUCUGUGCAAGUCAAUCUAUGAGAAGAUGUUUUUGUGGAUGGUUGUUCGAAUCAAUGAGAUGUUGGACACCAAACAGCCAAGACAGUUCUUCAUUGGAGUGCUUGACAUUGCUGGGUUUGAAAUCUUUGAUUACAACAGCCUGGAGCAGCUGUGCAUUAAUUUCACAAAUGAGAAACUGCAACAGUUUUUCAACCACCACAUGUUUGUGCUGGAACAAGAGGAAUACAAGAAAGAGGGCAUUCAGUGGGAGUUCAUUGACUUUGGUAUGGACUUGGCUGCCUGCAUUGAGCUUAUUGAGAAGCCAAUGGGCAUUUUCUCCAUCCUUGAGGAAGAGUGUAUGUUCCCCAAGGCAACAGACGCUACCUUCAAGAACAAACUUUAUGAUCAGCAUCUUGGCAAAACUGCAUCUUUCCAGAAACCCAAACCUGUCAAAGGCAAGCCUGAGGCCCACUUCUCUUUGGUGCACUAUGCUGGGACUGUGGAUUACAAUAUUUCAGGAUGGCUGGAUAAGAACAAGGACCCUCUAAAUGACUCUGUGGUUCAGUUGUACCAAAAGUCUUCAGUUAAACUCUUGGCUCACCUAUAUGUUUCUCAUGCGUCCACUGAAGCCGAUGGUGGAGGUGCUGGCAAAAAAGGUGGGAAAAAGAAGGGUGGCUCCUUCCAGACUGUGUCUGCUAUGUUCCGGGAGAACUUGGGCAAGCUGAUGACUAAUCUGAGAAGUACUCAUCCACAUUUUGUGCGUUGCUUGAUUCCAAAUGAGUCAAAGACUCCAGGUCUUAUGGAGAACUUUCUGGUCAUCCACCAGUUGAGGUGUAAUGGUGUGCUGGAGGGAAUCAGAAUCUGCAGAAAGGGUUUCCCAAGCAGAAUCCUCUAUGGUGACUUUAAGCAGAGAUACAAGGUACUAAAUGCUAGUGUCAUCCCUGAGGGUCAGUUCAUUGACAACAAGAAGGCUUCAGAGAAACUUCUUACCUCCAUUGAUGUGGAUCACACCCAGUACAAGUUUGGACACACCAAGGUGUUUUUCAAAUCUGGCCUUUUGGGUUUACUUGAGGAGAUGCGAGAUGAAAAACUUGCAAUUCUUGUGACCAUGACUCAGGCCUUGUGCAAGGGCUUCCUUAUGAGGAGAGAGUUUAUCAAAAUGAUGGAGAGAAGAGAGUCCAUCUAUUCCAUCCAGUACAACAUCCGCUCAUUCAUGAAUGUAAAACACUGGCCAUGGAUGAAGCUGUAUUUUAAGAUCAAGCCUCUGUUGAAGAGUGCAGAGACUGAGAAGGAAAUGGCAGCCAUGAAAGAGAACUUUGAAAAAAUGAAGGGGGAUUUGGCAAAGGCACUUGCCAAGAAGAAGGAGCUGGAAGAGAAAAUGGUUUCUCUGCUACAGGAGAAAAAUGACCUGCAGUUACAAGUGGCAUCUGAAUGUGAGAAUCUAUCUGAUGCUGAGGAAAGAUGUGAGGGUCUUAUCAAAAGCAAGAUUCAGCUCGAGGCAAAACUUAAAGAAACAAGUGAGAGACUGGAGGAUGAAGAGGAAAUCAAUGCAGAACUGACAGCAAAGAAGAGAAAACUUGAGGAUGAGUGCUCUGAGCUGAAGAAAGACAUUGAUGAUUUAGAGCUCACUUUGGCCAAAGUAGAGAAGGAGAAACAUGCCACUGAGAACAAGGUUAAAAAUCUUACUGAGGAAAUGGCAUCUCAAGAUGAAGUUAUUAUCAAGCUGACUAAGGAGAAGAAAGCCCUCCAAGAGGCACAUCAACAGACUCUUGAUGAUCUCCAAGCAGAGGAAGACAAAGUCAAUACUCUAACUAAAGCCAAAGCAAAGCUUGAGCAGCAAGUGGAUGAUCUAGAGGGAUCUUUGGAGCUUGAGAAGAAACUUCGCAUGGACCUGGAGAGAGCCAAGAGAAAGCUUGAGGGUGACCUCAAACUAGCUCAGGAAUCCAUAAUGGACCUGGAGAAUGACAAGCAACAAAUAGAAGAAAGGCUAAAGAAGAAAGACUUUGAGACAAGUCAACUUCUGAGCAAGAUCGAGGAUGAGCAAUCUCUUGGUAUUCAGCUUCAAAAGAAGAUAAAAGAACUUCAGGCUCGUAUUGAAGAGCUGGAGGAGGAAAUAGAGGCAGAACGUGCUGCCCGUGCUAAGGUUGAAAAGCAGAGGACUGAUCUCUCUAGGGAACUUGAGGAGAUCAGUGAGAGGCUUGAAGAAGCAGGUGGUGCCACCACUACCCAGAUUGAGAUGAACAAGAAACGUGAGGCAGAGUUACAUAAACUGCGACGUGAUCUAGAGGAGUCCACCUUGCAGCAUGAAGCCACAGCUGCAAGUCUUCGCAAGAAGCAGGCCGACAGUGUGGCAGAGCUGGGAGAACAGAUUGAUAACCUCCAGCGUGUAAAACAGAAGCUGGAAAAAGAGAAGAGUGAGCUUAAAAUGGAAACUGAUGACCUGUCGAGCAGUAUGGAGCAUGUUGCCAAAUCAAAGGCAAACCUUGAAAAGAUGUGUCGUACACUGGAGGAUCAGGUGAACGAAUUAAAGACAAAGAAUGACGAACAUCUACGCCAGGUGAAUGACUUUGGUGCCCAAAAAGCAAGACUCCAGACAGAAAAUGGUGAAAUGGGACGUCAACUAGAAGAAAAAGAAGCUUUAGUUUCUCAACUUACUCGAAGCAAACAGGCUUACACGCAGCAAAUUGAAGAGAUGAAGAGGCAGCUUGAGGAGGAAGUCAAGGCCAAAAAUGCCCUGGCCCAUGCUGUUCAAUCUUCCCGCCAUGACUGUGACCUGCUCAGAGAGCAGUUCGAGGAGGAACAGGAGGCCAAAACUGAGCUCCAGCGUGGCAUGUCUAAGGCCAACAGUGAAGUAGCUCAGUGGAGAACCAAAUAUGAGACUGAUGCCAUUCAGCGUACUGAAGAACUUGAGGAAGCAAAGAAAAAGCUUGCCCAGCGUCUGCAGGAAGCAGAGGAGUGCAUUGAGGCUGUGAAUGCUAAAUGUGGCUCCUUGGAAAAGACCAAGCACAGACUGCAAGGUGAGGUUGAGGAUCUUAUGAUUGAUGUGGAGAGAGCUAAUGCACUGGCUGCCAACCUUGACAAGAAGCAAAGGAACUUUGAUAAGGUCUUGGCAGAAUGGAAGCAGAAGUAUGAAGAAAGCCAGGCAGAAUUGGAAGGAGCCCAAAAAGAGGCUCGCUCUCUUAGCACAGAAAUUUUCAAAAUGAAAAAUUCUUAUGAGGAGACUUUGGACCAUCUGGAGACUCUAAAGAGGGAAAACAAAAACCUUCAGCAGGAGAUCUCAGAUUUAACUGAGCAGCUUGGUGAGACUGGAAAGACUAUUCAUGAGCUGGAAAAAGGGAAGAAAACAGCUGAGUCUGAAAAAUCUGAAAUCCAAACAGCUCUUGAAGAAGCUGAGGCGACCCUGGAGCAUGAAGAAUCCAAGAUUCUUCGUAUACAGCUGGAGCUGACCCAAGUGAAGGGAGAGAUAGAUCGGAGAUUGGCUGAGAAGGAUGAGGAGAUUGAACAGAUCAAGCGAAACAGCCAGAGAGUGAUUGAAUCCAUGCAGACCACUCUGGAUGCUGAAAUCAGAAGCAGAAAUGAUGCUCUGAGAAUCAAGAAGAAGAUGGAAGGAGACCUCAAUGAGAUGGAAGUUCAGUUGAGCCAUGCAAAUCGCCAGGCUGCUGAAGCUCAGAAACAGCUCAGGAACGUCCAGGGACAGUUUAAGGAUGCUCAACUACAUCUUGAUGAGGCUUUACGAAGUCUGGAAGACAUGAAAGAACAGGUCGCCAUGGUGGAACGCAGGAACAACCUGAUGCUGGCAGAAAUUGAAGAGCUGAGAGUUGCUUUGGAGCAAACAGAGAGAGGCCGCAAAGUGGCCGAGCAGGAACUGGUAGAUGCCAGUGAACGAGUGACGCUCUUGCACUCUCAAAAUACUAGUCUUAUCAACACCAAGAAGAAGCUUGAAGCAGAUCUUAUUCAGAUUCAAGGUGAGAUGGACGAUUUAGUCCAGGAAGCACGGAAUGCUGAGGAGAAGGCCAAGAAAGCAAUUACUGAUGCUGCCAUGAUGGCAGAGGAGCUCAAGAAAGAACAGGACACAAGUGCUCAUCUUGAGAGGAUGAAGAAGAACCUGGAGAUUACAGUUAAAGACCUGCAGCACCGUCUGGACGAGGCUGAAAAUCUGGCCAUGAAGGGGGGAAAGAAGCAGCUCCAGAAACUGGAGGCCAGGGUUCGUGAGCUGGAAAGCGAAGUUGAAGCAGAACAGAGACGUGGUGCUGAUGCCGUGAAAGGUGUUCGCAAAUAUGAAAGAAGAGUGAAGGAACUCGCUUAUCAGGCUGAAGAAGAUAAGAAGAAUAUUUUCAGACUGCAAGACCUUGUGGACAAACUUCAACUGAAAGUCAAGUCCUACAAGAGACAGAGUGAAGAGUCUGAGGAAAUGGCCAACACUCACAUGUCCAGGUACAGGAAGGUGCAGCAUGAGCUAGACGAGGCUCAGGAGAGAGCUGAUAUUGCUGAAUCCCAGGUCAACAAGCUGAGAGUUAAAAGCCGUGAAUUUGGAAAGGGAAAAGAGGCUGAAGAAUGAACAAUGGGAAAGACAGUGGACAGAAACAAGAACUGAAACAUUUUAUAAGGAAAUGAUAUUCUUAUAAAAAUGUCCACUAGAUUUGUCUAGUAACUAAUAAAAAAUGCAUAUGAUCUGA